AUCCUCCGUCAUUGUGUAUCAGCGAAUACCGUCCGUGCUGUCAUCGCUCUGUCCACAGUAAAGCUGUUCGUAGGGAAAUGGUUGAAUAAACAUGUAAAAUCUCACCGACCAUGAGUGGGACAGUCACGGGUGUUUUUGGGGACGUAAACGUUCAGGCCGCACAGGCUGUAUGCCGUGGAGCCACAAUGUCUUCAUCCUUGGUAGGUAUGUUGGACUUGUCCGACGAGAUCCUGCUGUGCAUCCUUGGCCAUGUUCCAGUGUGUGAUCUGCUGCUGAAUGUGUCAAACGUCUGCCACAAGCUCCAGUCACUGUGCCGUGAUAAGACGCUGCUGAGCCAUGUCAGCCUGUCUGAAGAGUAUCAGGCCAAUGAUGAUUUGUUCCGCGUCAUAUUGAAGCAGUUGAUCAAUCAUGUGCAGUCACUGAGCCUGAACGGUUGCUACUGGUUGACCGGAUCAACUUUGGACUAUCUUGCUUGCUGCAGGGUGGUGACACAUCUCGAUGUCACUGGCUGUCGCCUCACCUCCGUUCGUCUGUCCCGCCUUCUUUCCUCGCUCACCUUGCUGAAAUCCCUUGCUUUUGACGUGACAGCAGGGUUUAACUCAGCUCAGCUCAGUUCUGAGGCUGUGGGUACGCUGAGCCGUCUGUCCGAGCUCAGACAGACACUACUGACCCCGAGUUAUGGUGUUGUGCCGUGUUGUGCUCAACUGCGCAAGCUGAUGCUACAGUUUGACAUCUCAGAUGUGACCAGGGAUGGUGUUGGCGUCAGCUGUCAGUUAAUGGUAGGUCAAAGUAGUGUACCGCACUAUCAGCAGCUGGAAGAAUUCACUGCAAGGCUGGCACCAGGAGAGGUCAACCAAACCUUGCUCCUUCUAUACCUGGCAGUGUUCAGUGUUCACGUCCCAAAGAGGCUCAGAGUUUUCCUCAUCUCAAUUCCUGGCCCAAACCCUGCUCACUGGUCUGCCGGCCCCUCACUGGCCCAAAGCCUGGGUCAACACGGGGACUUGGAAGCUCUGCAGCUCCCUCGCUCUUGGCUGGAUCCUCUUUCACUGAGGAGAGCUUUGGAAGGAAACAGUCCGAAGCACCUCAGCUUCAGUCGCUGUCCAGCCUUGUGGCCACAGGUGUUUGAGUCUCUCCUGGAGGGGGGCAUCAAAGAUGUGACACAGCUCAACAGCUUGAACCUCAGUGGGAUCAACCAGGUCCUUUACACUGAAUGCAGAAAUGUGGAAGAUCAUCUAGUUCCUGAAAUAAUGAGUCGCCUGGCGACUGGCUACUCGAACAUUAAACACCUGAACCUAAUGCACACACACUAUCAUCAUGACCAGCCCCCUGGACUGGGUGAUGAAACACACCUGUGUGGCAGCUUGGCCAAAUUCAGAAAGCUGCACUCACUCACCUUACCGGCCUGUGCAUUAUUGGACGGCUUGAACACACCUCACAUUACUGCAAACAACGCAUCUCCCUCUCCUGUGCUUCUGGGCCUAAAGAAAGCCCCGCGUGUUGGGAUCCAGACGUACAAGGUUGGUUCAGAAGGCUCUUUGUCAGGAGACACCACCUCAGGACUCGCUCAGCUCUUAGCCGGGUGCCAUUUGUUACAGACUUUAGAGAUAAUCGGCCCUGGGUUUGUCUCUGCGCUGCCUCGCCUUGAGCCCUGCACCCGCGCCAGCGUGGAGCCUCGAGGCAUGUGUGCGUGGGCUCAAGGAGUUGGGGACGCACAUUUAGCCACACUUGAGGAUUUGCCCCGGUUACGUCGACUGACUCUGGCCGGCCUCCCCGGGGUCCUGAGGGGGACGGGGCUCGUUCAGAUGUCCAGACACUGCAAAGACCUAAAGGUUUUAUCGCUGGCCAACUUGGGCUCGUUAAAAAUCAUGAACUAUUUCCCAGCCCUGUUAGAAAUGCUGAAGCAGUGCACACAGCUGCAGGAACUCAGGUUAGAGCAGCCAUACUUGAAUGCCAACGCAUCGUUCUUUGAAGCUCUGUCCUCCUGCUCUCAUCUGCAACGCCUCUGUCUUAUCUCACGCAAGGGCACCUUUGACCCAUCGGCCGCGGAAAACUUCAUGGAGCGAUGCCGUCGUGUCAUAAUGUGCCACAUGUUUAUGGGUGGCACCUUGGUGGGUUGUCGGACCCUGCAGAAAGCUCUUCUGGACAGGUUUUUGGUUGAGCGAUCUGCCCUCAGUGUGGUCAUCUAUCCGUUGCACCAUGAAGACCUACCGUCAGUGAUCAGAGAUAUACCACUGACCCUCCUGGAUCGGAUCACUCUGUUUCAGAGUCACGUGGCUCAACCACCACAUUUAUCACCUCUGUGAACACGCUGCACAGCUGCAGCUGCUCACACUGCUGUUACAAAUGCAACAGACGUUCUGCACUGCUAACAUACCUGUAUUCAUGACCAUGUGAUAUUUAUCCUGGAUCCAGUUUUAGGCCCUAAUUCAAUGACAUGGUACCUGGUGUCGUCAGGGUCUAAUUUGGCUGGUUACUCAAAAAUGUGCUACAAGUGUCAAAUUUGUAUUUGUUGAAUGUCGAUGUAAUAAAUACAUUAUAAAUUGUUAACUUUCUGUUUGUGUGUCGUCAUAAGAAACUGAUUUAUAAUAAAAGUAGAGCUGAACUGCUUUAACUUUCACCCA